AUGACCUCGGCCGAGGUCUUCAUCGAGGCCAACUUGCGCGCGAAGACCAGGCUUCGAGUAGAGCCUGCGCCCGGCCCGCCGAGAUCGACCGCUCCGAGCCUUGACUGGGCUGCCGCCUGGAGCGCCCGUCGAGAGGCCUCUUGCUGUGCUUGGGUGGGGGGCGCCCAGAGGCUUUGGAAUUUCGAGCUUCUUGGCUGCCACCGAGUGCUGCAGCACGGCCUCAAUCGAGAGAGAGGCAGCCGCAGCCAAGCCAGUGCGCCAGCCUCGGCCGCUCGUAUCGCAUCGCAUCAUCCCGUCCUCGUCAGCAGUGCACGCCGCCCCAACCCGACUGCAGUCACCGUCGCCAUUGCCAUCAGAAAGCAUCAACAUAGCCGACAUGGCAACCUUCCGAUCAGGCGGCAUGAUGGUCUCUUGGAUUUCUUAGAGCGUACGGCCAAACACGAUAGCAGGUCCAGCGGCAUGCAAUCGGCACUCCAAGGCGUUCCUGCUGGCUAUUUGCGAGCCCCAUGGAUGCCCAACGAGCUGGACCGAACUCUGCGCUCCGACGACGAUGCGCAUGCACCACACCGACACAUGCACCGUGCGAUAGCGACUGUGAUGGGUUGGGCUUCUAGCAACCAUUGGACUCGCCGCAACAAGUCCGGCCGAGGCCACGUUACGUUUGUGCGAUGCUCGAACUGUGCUCGCGCCGUCCCCAAGGACAAGGCGAUCAAGCGCUUCACUGUUCGCAACAUUGUCGAGGCUGCUGCCAUCCGUGAUCUGUCGGAGGCGUCGGUGUACCAGGAGUACGCUCUGCCCAAGCUGUACAUCAAGGUGGUCUACUGCGUCUCGUGCGCGAUCCACGCCCACAUUGUGCGUGUGCGCUCGCGCGAGGGUCGCCGCAACCGUCUGCCCCCUCCCCGUGUCCGCUACAACAAGGACGGAAAGAAGAUCAACCCCGCCGUCGCCCAGAUCCAGGCCCAGCGCGCUUAA